CCGAUUUGCUGCUACAGAAAAUACAAUUAAGAGCCUAAAGAAUGAACUGGACACAGCAAAACAACAAAUACAGAAUUUACAGACUGAAGAAAAUACCAGAUGUAAGUCGGAGAACAAUAUUCCAAGAAAUAUGAGUGAUCAUCAGCGUUCACUCAACCAAGAUGCAUCUACUUGUCCAAGCGGAUGGAUGCGGCAUGAUAAUUCCUGUUAUCACUUUAGUCACGACCAGGAGGAUUGGCCAAACGCUAUGACAAUGUGUCACAUUUUAAGUGGUAAACUAGUAGAGAUUGAAUCAUCUGCAGAACAAGCUUUUCUUGCAUCAAUGGCAACGAGGUUUGAUAAAAAUUACUGGAUAGCUCUUAGUGAUAUACAAGAAGAAGGGGUCUGGGUAUGGAUGGAGACGACGACUCCCAUGUCACAAACUGGAUAUUCAAACUGGCAUCCGGGUCAGCCCAAUAAUAGUGGUCAAAAUCAAAACUGUGCUACAUUGAAUGGACAUAACGAGAAUGGUCUUUGGAACGAUUGGCAAUGUAGCGAACCUAAUUUGCCUUACAUAUGCGAAAAACCUGAUGGCUUCCAAGGAAUAGUGGGCUAAAUAUGGCGUCAACUGGAUGCAUGUACUGUCAAACAAGUGGAAUAAAAAAAACUCAUGUGAUUA